UUGUUACUUCAGUUCUCAGUAGAGAGAGAGAGAGAGAGAGAGAGAGAGGGAGGGAGAAUGAGUGAAGAUGAGUGAGGGUGAGAGAUAGAUAGGCCUAUUUUUUUUUAUUUUUGACCAACUGUUUCUCUCUCCGGUGAAGAGUUUCCGGUUUGUAUGGUGAACUCUCUCACUGUACUUAAACGUCUCCAUUUUGUUGCCUGUGAAAUUUUGUUUGAGUUUUCCGGUGACUUUCCGGUUACGCGAGGGAGAAUUUUUGCCGUUUGAUCUUCUCUGAUCACGGAUAAUUUCAAUUUUGCCCCUCAAGGCAUUAACCACUUGCAAGGAGCUUCAAUUUCAAUUUAUUUUUUGCAACCCAAAUUUGGUGUGAACAGAUCAUCAAAGAUUGGUCAAAUUUUGGUGGGUGCAUAUUUGGUGUUUUGGAUGAAAUGGCAGUUUCUUUGACUAGAUUUUCAUGCUGGUUAUGGAGUGGUAAUAAAGAGAAAGAGCCCGUCUCAAACGGGUCUUCAUUAAGUUCACAAUCUAAUGAGUGGACUUCUUUUGGUGAUACUGUGAAAUUCCCAUCAACUAGGAUAGCUUCAACACCAAGAAGGGUUAAGAAAAAAUGGCAAAGUAGGGAAGAGAGGAAGAGGGUUGAUAAGGAGUAUGAUGUUGUGUUGGUGCCAUCUGAUGGUGGUGUUUGUUCAUCAGGAUCUGAAUCUGAUGAUUCUGAUUGGUCCAUUGGGUGGUUAGAGCCUCAUGGGGCUGAUUUUCUGUCUGAUCACUCUGAUGAUGAGUCUGAUGAUAGUUUUGCAGUGUUGGUUCCUUGCUAUAGGCCUGGUUCCAAGCAGAUGGUUGAGGUUUCAAAUAACCAGCUCUUCACUGGUGUCAAGAAUCGACCAAAUGAGCUUUCACCUGAGGGAAACAACUUUAUGGAGCAGUGGCUUCAUUCUCUUCAGACUUUCUGAAGCCUACUACCCUAGCAUCUAUAGCAUAUGCCAUUG